CUGCGGGCGAGGGGCGGAGCGCAGAAACCCGGUCCCUGCCAUGGCCGCCUCCCCCUCCCCGCAGCCUUCCUUAAAUACUAUGGGGCGGCCGUAGCUGCGACGGGCGCUGCUGCCGAACGCACCAUGCGGGCUGUCAUCGCCUUGGCCGCGGCGCUGGGCAGCGGGCUGCUGGGAGGCUGCCUCAUGCGCCUGGGCGGCCAGCAGCCCCUCCGCGCCAGGGGCUGGGAGGAGGAGGCAGGAGGAGCGGCUGUCACGCCGAAAGUGGUGCGAGCCCUCAGGUCUCCCCUGAUGGCCCUUCCUCAGACCGAGAACAGAACAAUUCUUAAUAAAAAUGGAAUUUACCAGUUUGAACAGGCUUCAAAAUGUAAGGCAAUUCAGGACAACCUUUUGUCAUCACCUAUCAAGAAUAAAAGAUACUCAGAAGAUUAUUAUCUUGACAUAGUCACAAAACUGCAGAACUGCACCUGGGUAAAGAAACCAGAAGAAUCUACAAAAUUCAGGUCAGAAUUAGCUUCCUGCUGUGAUGCAGUCCACAAUUUUAUUGCUUCUCAAAGCAACAGCCCACUGGGAAGUAACAUGAGUUACGAAGUGGAAAGUAAAAAGACUAUCCUCAUUACAGAGGACAUUUUUAAGAUGCUGCCUGUAUCCUCUCCUCUUUCAGUCUAUCCCUUCAAGAACUGUGCUGUGGUUGGAAAUGGAGGAAUUCUGAAAAAUUCCAGCUGUGGGGAUGAGAUUGAUAGCUCUGACUUUGUGUUCAGGUGUAACCUCCCUCCAACCACAGGAAACCUUAGCAAAGAUGUUGGCAUUAAAACAAACCUUGUGACUGUUAAUCCAAGUAUCAUAGCACAAAAAUACAAGCAGCUAAAUCAAAAGAAGACAGAAUUUCUGGAAAACAUUGCAGUCUAUGGAGAUGCUUUUCUUUUACUGCCGGCAUUUUCCUUCAGAAGCAACACAGCCACUUCUUUUAAAGUAUACCGCACUCUGAAAGAGUUCAAAGCUACCCAAAGGGCAAUAUUUUUUCACCCCACUUAUCUGAAAAGUCUUGCCCAGUUCUGGAGAACUAAGGGUGUGAAAGCCUACCGGUUGUCAUCUGGUUUUAUGAUCACUAGUGCUGCUCUUGAGCUGUGUGAGAAUGUGAAGCUCUAUGGCUUCUGGCCUUUCUCAAAAUCCGUAGAGAAGAUGCCAAUCAGCCACCACUAUUACGACAACCAGCUGCCUAAACCGGGUUUCCAUGCAAUGCCCAAAGAAUACAACCAGAUCCUUGAGCUUUAUGGCAGAGGCAUUUUGAAGGUGCAAUUUGGUAAAUGUGAAUCAGACUAAAAAGGGUGAUGAUCCUAAGGAGACAAUUUGUGUAUCUCAGCAGUUCGGUGAUGGAUUUGAUCUGAUGUGAUUUUGUGAGCAUUAAACUGCAUUAUUACAGUAGAGAAAUAUUUUACGCUUGGGGAGAAAAGGGAGUGAUUUUUUCACACAAUAACUGCUACAUUUACAAAUUUUGAGUGAUUCUUUCAAAUGCAAAGAAAAAAUUAUUUGGAAAAUUCUGAAACUCCUAUCUGCUGGUUUAAUGGUAGCAAAGCACAAUCUCAGGAUGGUGGCAAUAUGUGACAUUCAUCAUGUUUUGUUUCUUAGAGGAUCAUUAAAAUAUUUUGGCCUAAGAUCUCUGGUUUUGUUGAUAUCAUAUAUUGUAGGCAAUAUUCUCUGCAUGAAUUGGCAGUGAACAUUUUCAAUUAAGAACUUCAUCCUGUAAAUACUGGCAUUUGUCUACAUGAGAGAAGUGAUGAGAAGAGCUGCAGAGGACUAAUUCAUUCAGAGCCAUGUCAGUCUUAGUUAGUCCCAGGGUGCACAGAUGAGAAAAUCCCUCAGGUCAGAGGUAGUUAAGUGGUUUAUGGGCUUUCAUUUUGUGGGCAGUAAGUAGUGCUGUGGAUUUAAUGGGCUUUCAUUUUGUGAGCAAUAGAUGAUGCUGUGGAUUUAAUGGGAUCACUCAUAUGAGUGAUGUUAAUUCUGAGAACAAGUGUAUGAAGGACCAGAGCUUUAUAAUUAUUUAUAAACCACUUUCCUUGCUUGUGUUCCUGUGUAAGGUCCACUUCAGCUCUAAAUGAGGACCGUCAACCUGGUUCCACACUACAAUCCCCAGAGUCCUGAUAGGGCAUGACUUUGCACACAUUCUUGCUAUUCCUUCUCUGUGUCUUGGCUGAUACAUGAGAUGGAAUUUCCAUUAGAAAGAUGAUGGGUACCGAGCCUAUAAUUAAAUUUCUUUUCAUGUAAUAUAGUAUUCAAAUGUGACUGCAGAUAAUGAAACUGCACUAAGCAUUAUUAGAAGAAUGUUCCUCUAACCAUCAAUCCCAAGCUCUUCUACACCAGGAUCUAUGAGAAAACUGACCACAUUUCCCUAAUUUACAACCUGUGUAGUUCUUUAAGUUUUCCAUAUGGUCCAGAAUACCUGUGGAGCAACAUCCUGCAGCAAGAGAAAGUGAAAUAUCAGCCCAGUGGAAAGAAUCGCUUUGACAUUUAUGGGAGCUUUGACAAAGAGUUGUACCCUAGUUUUUACUACUUGUAGCUUAUAUGUUCUACUGCACACACACAAAAAAAAACCAACCAAGAAAGCAAACAAAAUUUAAAAAUUGUAAUAACCAGAUUCUGUUAAGAAUUUCACAGACUCUUUUGAGAGUCCAUUGAAUGGUCAGUUCAAAGAUAGAAUGUCCUUCUUUUACACUCAGAUACUAUGAGGUAUUUUGUUUAUUAAAAUUCCUUUUUCUACUGCAGCAUUAAAUCCCAAAUCAACUGAUUUAAAGAACAUUCAGUAUUCCACUCUUUGAGGAUUAUAUCUGCAAAAAAAAAUUCCUACUUAAUUGAAUUGUACUUUAUGAAUUAAAGUUCAGAAAAGCCUUUUAGAUGUAUACUUCAUAAGAGCAUUACUGCAUGUAAUAUUUGAAAGCUUACCUUGCAGCAGUUUUAUAAUCACAUAAACACUCCUGGAAGUAUUAGAAUCAAUCAUUAUGGUUACAGGUCUGUUGAUUGAGAUACAUUCAGCAUCUGGAUCUAUUUCCAGGAUAAUGAUAUCAGAAUCCAAUAUUACUCCUACCCAAGCAGAAGUGUCCAUAAAUUCUGGCUGCAAAUAUCAGCAUUAAAGUCCAUUUUUGAAAAUAAGGGGUUUUAAAAAAUACACAGUGCUUUGGGACAAUAACUGAUGCUACUAAUAUACAUGUGGACCUCCGAGAGUCAGUAGAGCCUUUAACAGAAAAAAAGACAACAGAAUUGAGCUGAUGAGUCCAUCUGCAUUUACCAGCUGGUAACUGGAAGAGGGGAGCACAGGGGUUUGAUUUACUCUGAUCUGUUCCAGUUCCAGCACCACAAUUCACAUUUUUUCUUCACCAGCAGUGAGAUUUUUGCUAUUUUCUGACCACAGGAAACUGCUGCUCAUGAGCAGAGAGCUGGCUGCUGCAAGAACCUGCACCCAUGUUAUAACUGUUAUAGAUAAUUGCCUACUGCAACAUCCUAGUUAUAGAUCAAAAAACAAUUUGGUCCCAAAAGAGCAUCUCCUCUGCUAUAACUCACUCACAUAGAGUGUUUUAAUGGAAGCUGUGCAAAGUGAUAUACUUAUCCUUUGGGUGAUGCAAACAGCUGAGGUUGAGGAGAACCUUGCUGCAUUUCAUCCAGACAAAGGCACACCUGUCUUCAUAUAAGGACUGUAACUUAUUCCAGUCUAAUGUAGAGCAGUGAGGUGAUCUUGGCUGCGUAGCAGCUACAUGGUUUGUCUUGGGGAAAAUUCAUACAUCUUUUACAGGUUCUUACAUUGUAUCCAGAACAAUUGUAAGUGCUCUAUGCGCACACAGAGAUAAUGCAAGAUCAUUCAUUGCUGGACUAAGUUCAAUCAACUACCCAACUUGAGUAAAGGGGCAAAACCUGGUUGUGUUAGGUAGAAGAUGUGGAGAGGAGAAAAUGAAAUUUAUUUGCAGUGAAGAAGCAACUUUUUUCAAAAGCAGUUGUUAGUACCAUGUUGCACUGCCUAAGUGAAUAAAGGUAAACAGUCUACCCUGACACACCACAAAGAGCUGAAGUUACUGUGUGUCAGAACUAUUUCUGUGCAGAUACAUUAUCUGAAGCACACAUGUAUUAGUAACUGGAAAGAUCAUCAGAAUACAUUUUAAGAGAGGCUUAGCCAAAAAGAAGAAAUCUAUUCUGGCUUCCUUGACAAAAGAGGUCUUAACAGAAGGGAUGUGAUGUAGCACUUACAAUUAAGAGCAAAUGGAAAUUUCUGUAGUAAAAGCCACUGACUUUUUAGCACUGUUUCCACAAAUUUUAAACUUGCCAAUGACUUGAAGGCCUGAUUCUGCACGCUCUCAAGGCACUCAGUGAUUUAUGUGGAUCACAGGGCUGAUAAGAAAUGCUUGAAGGAAUUGUUGACCUUUCUAUCCUUUCCUACUUAUGCUCUUAACUCUCCACAGAAUAAAACAUACUCUAUUACAGUUUAGAUUAAGAUCCUCAGGAUACUCAGGCCUUGCUCCAACCACUAAGUAUGAGAUGUUAGUUGCGUCCACUUCACUCUACAGGAGGGCAGACAUUGUAUUCAGCUUUAUUAUAGCUACUGGUGCUGGGUGGAUGGGUCGUGUUAAUUUGGGUGCAGCCUGCGCAAGUUAAUAGCGGCAUUUCUGCAUCACAGGGUACCAUUAGAUUGAUAAGACUUGCUGAAGUACACUCACUGUGGGAAAUGCUGAUUUUUUGGGUAGCUGAAUACAUUAUUUCUCAUUUAUUUUGCACCUGUGGCAGGUUAAUAAUAACAAAUGGAUUUUGUACCUGGGAAUGUUCAUGACACUUUUGCAAGACUGAGCCAACAUCAGUUUGGAUUAAUGAUUCUAGACCAAAGGUUGGUAAGGACCUUUCAAAUCUCUCUAUUUCACAUCAGGAAUAUUCAGUUUUAGGGUUUGUGGACCUCCAAAGCUGUCACAUGCUGUGGAGUGAAUAUUGAGAUUAAAUAGUUUUCUAAAGAUAGAAACACUGACUGUGUGCUAAUAUUUCCACUGUACCUUUGCAGAAGCUGACAGUGUCCUUGCAUGACUCCAUCACAGCACCACUAGUUUAAGCCUGCCUGGCUGCUUUUAUUCCUUUUUCUCCUCUGAAUCUCUGAUGCCUCCUCCUUCAGGAUCCAGUGCUGUCUUGAGUUGGUUAUUUGUCUUUACCUGGUGGAGUGCUAUGCAGCCCUGUUUAGUGUCAGUUUGGGAGUUUGUGUGACUGUGAAUCAAACAUUGCUACGCUUACAGCACAGUAAAACAUGCUGUAAACGUCUGGGUUUACACCUCAAGGAAGGCAGCGUGGUGUGAUAUUCAUGUUUCCUAACUGGAGGUGCUAGAGUUGGUCUGUAGCUCUAUGGUGACUCAAGCUGGAAUGGCUGCAAGGUCCAGUCCCCAUUCUUGUGCUGCUCCCCUCCCUUCAUGCUGUGUCUGACCUCUGACACCAAGCUGUUUUGGCACACUGAGAUGGCAAAACCCUGCCAUGGCAACAGAAUGCGAAAAUUGGUUCAUGCUAAGAAAUGGGGGAAUUUCACAAUCAAAGCAAAGGAGAGGGGAAAGGCUGUGCAGAUAGGAUUGUAGGGACAUAACAGGUGUCUUUUGUUAGCUGACCUAGAGGUCCGCUGAGAGCUUGUCCAGGUUCACAAGGUAACAUCUCCGAGGGUCUGCCUGGUCAGAAGGGAGAGAUGGGCCCCUGCAAGGGGGAUUGGCAGCACAGUAGCUGUUCCGGUGUGCUAAAUCCCAUCUCUCCCUGUGGUACCAGCAGGUGCUUAAGGCAUCAACACUGAGGACUCCAGGUGUCUAUACGGUGUUUGUCAUUGCUCACCUUUCUCUCUUUCCCAUUACAGUAAUUUUAACAUGCUGGUGACACCAACAGAUUCAGAAAUGAGAAGCAGAAAAAAUUCUCAGUUUGCUGAUUGUAAACUUGCAAAAACUUGCUUGUUAUUCAGCAUUCCUUUGUUUUCAGCCUCUUCUAAUCCCAGCUCCUAAAACAGUAUCUGCAGAGAACAGAGGUGAAUGAAACCUGAGGGGGUUGAGACCAGUUACUCUCACUUUGAUUCUCUAUCCUUUGUACAGUAAUGAGAUGACUGACAAACCACCAUUCUUGACAAAAGAUGAAAUUUUCUCUCUUGAUUGAUUCAGGAAAAAAAACUAUAUUAUCAAGACGACUUCUUACCUUCUGUGGCUCUCUAAAUUACUAGCAAAAUAUUCCUAUUGUUAGGUAUUAGUUGAUUUUAUUCAGUGCAAAUACCUGGAUCAGUUAAUUCAUCUGGGUUAAUUGAGCAUGUACACCUUGAACCUGCGCAGACUCCUUAGUGGAGCUGCAGCCUAACUCAGCAAUCUAGGUUUCGAUCCAUUUGACCUAGAGAUCUUUUUUUGCCCUGUCACUUGCUCUCCUGUGACAAAUUUGUGGGGGGAGGUCCUGAAUAUCCAUGCAGUAGCUCCUCCAGGGACACUCAGGUCCACAAAGCACACAUCCACCUGUGUACAGGAAUCUGUGAGGCCAAACCCAAAGAAUAUUCUGUGGAGUGCUUUAUUCUGAAACAGCCCUAUCUCAAACAGCUGAUAGCCACUUACUAGCCAACAACAGUGACAAGGGGGCAUGUAGUUACUUUAGAAGGCCCAACUCUUUAUUUUGAAUUCUGUCAUUCUAGGCAAGAUCACCCUUCUCUGAGCUUCUGGACAGAAAAAUUUCAAAUGCUGCUAAUCUCUCAGAGUGCUCUGGGGAAAUCCUUAAGGCUUUUCACCCACAACAUAUAACAAGUGGGCAGAUUUCUAUUUAUUAACCUUUGUUCCAGAUUUCCAUAAAGUAUUUAAUUGGCUCGAAAUUAUCAUUAUGAUCAAGUAGAGCAGAAACGCUCUGUAGCAUGCCACUAAACAAAGGGACUAUUGCUGUUACUUUGUGGUCUCCUUUCAUAGGGCACAUUUCAGAAUACCUUCCUAUUCUGGGAACGUGGCUCACCAGAGGAGUGACCCAGGGUUACUGGGUUACAGCUACAGGGGUAGCAGCCUGUCAGUGUGCACUUGGUGUCGAGAUUCCUGCACUGCAGCAAGAGCUUAACACGGUGGGAGUACAUCAGCUUGAGUUUGCCAUUGACCAAGGAGUCAGUGUAGUGCUGUGAUGUGUGGUGAUUGAGCUCACAUCAUUCUGAGCACAAGCAAUAACUGCCCUUGGGUAGCAGAUGUUGGCAGAUAGUGGUUUAAGGAUGAAAACAGUCUGUGAAAUACAAGGAGUGGCACCCUCACGUUUCUGUCAAAGGAACGUUCAAGUCUGUCUUUUGCUAAAUCCUGAUGUACCUGCAGCAAUACAUUAGUAUUUGUUGCUGCACCUGGUACUUCUGUGUCUUGCCUUUGUUUCAUCCCUCUCUUCUCCAACGAGGGAGAAAACUCGCAACACAUGAUGGAAGUAUUUAAUGAUCCCAUCAUGCUUUCAAGGCAAGAGCCCAUCAGAAUGAAUCAUGCAAAUGGUUGUGACAGGAUAGCCUAUUGUCAAUAUUGCAGGGCUUAAAUUCCUCACUGUUCACUUUAGUCCCUGACAAGAAGAGAUUCUUCACAGCAAGUCUGUAGGCCAACAGCAUGCUAGACUUCUCAGCUCUUAGCUUGACUGUGAGAUGUUUCCCUAAAAACACUUCUUCCUUGGUGUAUUUACUGUCAGUGUUUACAAAACAAACACAUUCUUGAAUUCUUGCGCCAUUGAAGUAUAACAGCUGACAUUUAUGCAUUUUUAUAUGUACUGUUUAUAUAGUGGCUUCAUAUGUAUUCUUUAUGCUAAUAUUUUUGAUAUUCUUUUGAGUACCUAAUUAAAAUUAUUUUAAAUAUUCAUCUUUUUUACUGCCACCAGUGUAAAGCGUGUGGGAAGUUACAUAAUGUCACCAAAAGAAACAGUCAUACAAGCCAAAAUAAUUUUAAGGGUAUUUGACUGAUUUCUGGAGGAGUAUUUUCAUUUAGUCUUAUGGACGCUUGCAUCUUAGAUUUACCUUUCUAAGAUAGGUCUGAGAGGCAACCUCUGCUUCUGAUUUAGUUCAAGAUCUGCAAGGGACAAAACAGUUAAAUGGAGAGGUCCUAUACAGGGCUGCUCCUCAGAGAUGGCAAAUGCAUGGCUUUUCAGAGGUUGGUCCAUGUAAAUGUAAUAGCUUUUGCCCAGAGGUGUCUCUUAAAAUGUGUAUUGUUUGCAUUCAUUUCAGCUCCAUUCUUUCCAAUGCAAUUGUCAAAGCAGAGCUUAUUCCCCCGUGGAGCUGGUAUAAUUGUGCUUCUCCACAUGCACCAAGCUCUCUAAAGCUGCUAGUGUAGGCUCUGCUACUGCUGUUCCAAAAAGGUUCCUCAAAUUCUCUCAGUGCUGAACUUAUUUAUGUUUUCAGAUGUGAAAUUGAUAUUGUCUGAGUAGAAUGUGUGCAGUGUAAUGUAGAAAUGUCUCUGCGCAGGGUUUAGGAGGAGGCAGGAACCCCUCAGCUGUGUGUGUGCUUUUAUUACAGAAAACUAAGAUGAAGUUGUAUUGUUGAGUCAUCUGUUACAGCUGGUUUAAUUUGUACUUUGUUUUCAUGUUUUAAGUGCCUGAUGAUUUUUUUGUCAAGGAGGCAAUGUUUUCACUGUUACAAGGCAUACUUAGGAUUCUGUACUUGUUACCUGUUCUGUAAUAGAAUAUUUUUGCUAUUUAUGUUUGGAAAUAAAGACUUAUUAGGCAUAA